AUGCUAUCUAUAUACUUAAUUCUUGUCAUCUAUCUAUCUAUCUAUCUCUCUAUCUAUCUAUCUAUCUAUCUAUUCUAUUCUAUUCUAUUCUAUUCAUGCCUUUAUCAAUCUAUCUAUUCCAUUCUAUUAAUAUCUAUCUAUCUAUCUAUCUAUCUAUCUAUCUAUCUAUCUAUCUAUCUAUCUAUCGAAAUAUCUAUCAAGCAUUUCACCCCAAGCAUGGCGGAAUGUUUUAAACAUUCUUAUUUUCAUAUUAAAUUUAUUAAAUUUCUGUGCUUCCCUGUCUCUUCUCACCUUUUCUUUCCCUUCUACUCUUUUUUUCUUUCUACUCUUUCUUUCUUUCUUUCUCUCUUUCUACUAUUCCCUUCUUUCUUUCUUUCUUUCUUUCUUUCUUUCUUUCUACUAUUCCUUUCUUUCUUUCUUCUCUCUCUUUCUUUCUUUCUACUAUUCCUUUCUUUCUUUCUUUCUAUUAUUCCUUUCUUUCUUUCUAUCUACUAUUCCUUUCUUUCUUUCUUUCUUUCUACUAUUUCUUUCUUUCUACUAUUUCUUUUCUUUCUUUUCUUUCUUUCUUUCUUUCUUUGUACUAUUCCCUUCUUUCUUUCUUUCUUUCUUUCUAUUAUUCCUUUCUUUCUUUCUUUCUUUCUAUCUACUAUUCCUUUCUUUCUUUUCUUUCUUUUAUUUCUUUCUUUCUUUUCUUUCUUUCUUUCUUUCUUUCUUUUUUUCUUUCUUUCUUUCUUUCUUUCGUCCGUUUCUUUUCUUUCUUUUCUUUCUUUCUUUCUUUCUUUCUUACUAUUCCCUUCUUUCUUUCUUUCUUUCUUUUUUAUUUCCUUUCUUUCUUUCUAUCUACUGUUCCUUUCUUUCUUUCUUUCUUUCUUUCUAUUCUUUUCUUUCUUUUCUUUCUUUUUUUCUUUUCUUUCUUUUACGUUUUCAUUCUUUUCUUUCUUUCUUUUCUACUAUUCCUUUCUUUCUUUCUUUCUACUGUUUCCUUCUUUUUUCUUUCUUUCUUUCUUUCUACUAUUUCCUUCUUUCUUUUCUUUCUUUUUCUACUAUUUCCUUUCCUUCUUUCUUUCUUUCUUUCUAUUCCUUUUUUUUUCUUUCUUUCUAUCUACUAUUCCUUUCUUUCUUUCUUUCUACUAUUUCUUUCUUUCUUUCUUUCUUUCUUUCUUUCUCUCUACUAUUCCCUUCUUUCUUUCUUUCUUUCUUUCUACUAUUUCUUUUCUUUCUUUUCUUUCUUUCUUUCUUUCUUUGUACUAUUCCCUUCUUUCUUUCUUUCUUUCUUUCUAUUAUUCCUUUCUUUCUUUCUAUCUACUAUUCCUUUCUUUCUUUCUUUCUUUCUUUCUACUAUUUCUUUUCUUUCUUUUCUUUCUUUCUUUCUUUCUUUUACUAUUCCCUUCUUUCUUUCUUUCUUUCUUUCUACUAUUCCUUUCUUUCUUUCUUUCUACUAUUCCUUCCUUUCUUUCUUUCUUUCUUUCUACUAUUUCCUUCUUUCUUUCUUUCUUUCUUUCUACUAUUUCCUUCCUUCUUUCUUUCUUUCUACUAUUCCUUUCUUUCUUUCUUUCUUUCUACUAUUCCUUUCUUUAUUUCUUUCUACUAUUUCUUUUCUUUCUUUUCUUUCUUUCUUUCUUUCUUUGUACUAUUCCCUUCUUUCUUUCUUUCUUUCUUUCUAUUAUUCCAUUUCUUUCUUUCUUUCUUUCUUUCUUUCUUUCUUUCUACUAUUCCUUUUUUUCUUUCUUUCUUUCUUUCUUUCUUUCUUUCUACUAUUCCUUUCUUUCUUUCUUUCGUUCUACUAUUUCUUUCUUUCUAUCUUUCUUUCUUUCUUUCUUUCUUUCUACUAUUUCCUUCUUUCUUUCUUUCUUUCUUUCUUUCUUCUAUUUCCUUCCUUCUUUUUUUCUUUCUACUAUUCCCUUCUUUCUUUCUUUCUACUAUUUCUUUUCUUUCUUUCUUUCUUUCUUUCUUUCUUUCUUUCUACUAUUCCCUUCUUUCUUUUUUCUUUCUUUCUAUUAUUCCUUUAUUUCUACUAUUCAUUUCUUUCUUUCUUUCUUUCUUUCUUUCUUCUCUCUCUUUCUCUCUUCUCUUUCUUCUCUUUUCUACUCUUUCUUUAAUACUUUUUCCUUCAUUUUUAUACCGUUUUUUCUGUUCUUUGCCUUUCUUUCUUGUUUCCUUUCUUUAACUGCUUUUCUUCCUUUUUCCUUUAUUAAUUUCUCUGCUUCUUUCUUCGUGCUUUUCUAUUCCCUUCUUCUUCAUCUUCUUCUUCUUCUUCUCUGUUCUUGA